AUGAAGUCAAUCCUCAUUGUCGGGGUGCCACUGGAGCUCAAGGCGGUGCAAUCCUCCGUCACCUUUCCAGCACCGGACAAUACAAUAUCACAGCCUUCACCCGCAAUCGCUGUUAGUGACGCCGCAACUGGCUAUGACACCAAAGCAUUUCUUGCUGCGGCCUCGGAGUUUGAUUGCGUUCUGGUAAACACAGACGGAUUCGCGCUUGGAGAGCAAGCCGAGAUCUAUUGGGGUAUCCGACUCUUUGAGUUGUCUGCUAGGGCUGGAGUCAAGCACUUCGUUUACAGUGGUCUCGAUUCGGUUGGACCCAAGACCAACUAUGAUCCUGACCUCUAUGUUGGCCACUAUCAAGGCAAGGCUAGAAUCCAAGAUUGGAUCCAUGCCCAGAAAGACGUGAAAAUGCAGUGGACUAUAAUUAGAUCGGGCCCCUACAUGGAACUCCUCUCUGCAGUUAUGUCACCCGCCAUUGAAGAGGGCGGCUCUCUCACCUUCCAGCUUCCUCUCGACAAAGGUUCUAUCCCUUUUAUUCACCUCGGCGACUUUGGCAAAUACGUCGACUGGGCCCUCCAGAACCCUGAGGAGUCAAACCAUUUAGACUUCGGCAUUGCCACUGUUCUCGCAACCGGCGAUGAUAUCGCCAAAGCUUCUGAGAAGGUCAGCGGGAAAACAAGUCGCUUCGCCAACGUUCCCAUUGAUAUUUGGAACUCUGUUGCUUGGAAGGCACUACCAAACGGUCCCGAUACAAAGAUCGGCUUCCAGUCUGUCAAGGAUGACAGCGGAUUGCUUAUGACGUACGGGGAGAACUUCAAGAACUGGUGGAACCUCUACAAGGCUAGUCCCAGCGAUAACUCUGGAUUGAUCCAGAGGGACUUUGAGUUUCUGGAUAGAAUCGUGCCGGAUCGUCUCAAGAGUGUCGAGGAGUGGAUGAAGAAGGUUCAGUAUACCGGUGAUAAGCAAGACCUCCUGAAUCUUGAGGCUCAUACUAAGUAA